UCUGAUUUAUUUUGAAUGAAACAUAACCUCAACUCGCUAGCUAUAGGAUAGAAAAAUGUGUAACAGACCAAAGAAUUUUUAGUUAAUUUUUGAAAUUUAUAGUGAUUCCAAUUAGUUUUUUCAUAAUGAAUAAUUGUAAAUUGGCUUGGUCUUGUUUAUAUUCAGUGAGAAAUAUUGUAUCAGUCCGUAAGCUCAGUUUCGGGAUCACUAAGUGAGGCAAUCAAGAAGAGGAAUGCUCUGUACAAUGAAGAAGUGAAGAGGCAGAAAGAGAGCAUAGGCCGUAUUGAGAAGAUUUCUGUGGAGUACAAAGGAAUACCUAAGGAUGAGACGUUUAUAAUGAACAGGCAUAUCUCGACUCCAUACCAUGUCGCUCAGCAUAUCAAUGAGUUUGUUUCGCAGAAAGCAGCUCUGGCCCUUGUAGACGGAAACAAGUUGUGGGAUUUUCACCGGCCUCUGGAGGCGGACUGCUCUCUGAGCUUCCUACACCUGACUGACACUGAGCCGCACCUGACCAACAAGGCAUACUGGCGUGCGUGUUCAUUCCUGCUGGGUGCACUAGCUGAAACCUGCUUCAAGGACAAUGUGGAGUGUCACCUUCACAGCUUCCCGUCACCGAAUGUGAAAAGUGGUAGCUUCGUAUAUGACGUGCAGCUGUCCUUGGGUAACUGGGUGCCGACCAAGAAUGAGCUUCUAAUUCUUUCUGCGGAGUUUGUCAAGAUCUGUCGUCACCACCUGCCGUUCCACAGACUUGAUGUUGACCCCGAGCUGGCCGAGGAGAUCUUCAGCUACAACCCAUUCAAGUCCUCACAAAUCCCUGACAUUGCCAGCAAUAGCCCAGGCAACAAGAUCACUUUGUACAGAGUGGGCGAUCAUCUGGACAUCAGUCGUGGUCCGAUGAUCAACAACACCAAGCUGCUGGGCCGCACCUCAAUCACCGCUGUACACAAGCUGGACAGUGAACUGGAGAACAUGUACAGGUUUCAAGGAGUGUCCAUUCCAGCAGAGAUCAGAAUAAACCAUUUCGCAUACUCUAUCCUGGAAGAGAGAGCCUCAAAACUGAAUCCUGCAAGAGUCCCCGCAGCCUUGGAAUCCCCACCACUGAAGCAGUCGGCAGAAGCCACCUAGCAGUACUCAGUCUAGAUCCUGGAGUGAUUACUUUUUAUAAGUUUAAUAAAAUGUAUAUAUAA